UCUUCCGUUCGGUCAACUGUCUCGCUCACACACCGCCACCCCGUCCCGUCGGGCGAUCUUCGUCGCGCCGACGCGCUGUCCGUAGUCUGUACAUCCCCCUCUCGGUCUACCCGGAGAUACGAUUUUUAUUUCGUACCGAUAUUCGUUCGCAAAAACAUUAAAACGAAACACAACCCAAUGCCGUUAUUCUACAACUGCUGUGCCGUAGCACCAUCGUGAACGCGUAUCGCUAUAUUUAUUUUAAUAUAAUAUAUUAAUACAUAAUACACUACAGUAAAAACGAAUCAUAAAUCAAACAUCAGACGCCGCUCACAUCGCGCCGCGUUUUCGAGACCCGGUACCGUGUUAUUAUUUUUAUAAAUACUCUCUUUCGUAUUAUCUUAAUUCUCAUACACCGAUUACUGACACCAAACGUAGCUGUAGUGGUUUUUAAUUAUUGGCACGUAUGUAGUUAUUACCGCUUUCCAUCGGUAACGUACCCCUAAACGUGCGUAAUCGGAAAAAUAAACGUACGCCGCGCCCCCGGCUAUCGUGUUCGUCGUCCAUGUCAUUGUUACUGUUUGCUCUGCGCCAUACACACGCGCCAGUCCGCCGUCUUGCCGGCUUGUCCAACAGAACGGAAACGUAAACAACUCCGUUGGCCUAUCUCUGGCCGUGCAUGUGUAAUACAGCCGUCGGACUCUGGACGUCUUCAACGCCAUCCCGAUGACUAUUGCGACUCGUGGACAAACCGUCGGAUUGGAUUCGGCCGAUAACCAAACAAAUGUUCAAAAUGUACCACAGCAAAGUACACAAAUCCAUAGCGUUCUGUCAAACAUUAACAUUUUGCCACCCCAGGCCAUCGAGUCACAUCAAGUGGCGGCUGAACAGAGUAUUGGAGAGACAACUGCAGCUGAUGACAAUGUUGAAAAUGAUAUGGAAACCAAAGAAGAAGAAACCCGUAAAGAAGACGAGAUGGAGGAAGAAGAAGAACUAGUAUUCCCCAUUAUUAAAUUAGUAAAUUUGGAAGAGAAAAUACAUAGCCAACGUUGGAUUGUACCAGUAUUACCUGAUCAAGAACUAGUAUCAUUGUUGAAUGUUUCAAUCGCAUUUUGCAAAAAAGGAUUGGACGUCAACAAUGAAGGAUGUCAAAAGUUUUUUCGUGAUGCUAUGGUGUUAUCAUUCACACGGAUAUUAACCGAUGAUGCUGUUAACAGCUGGAAAGUAAACAUUCAACAAUACAUCAUGAAUAAUUGUAUGAAAUUAGUAGAACUGUUGGUGCUCAAGCUUGAUGAUGACAACUUUCCAUUUUUGGAGAUGUUGGGGAUGUUGUUUAAUCCUUUAAAUAAAUUUCAUCUAUUCAAUUGCACUAAACAUUCGGAUUAUAUACCAGAGAUAGUCACAAAUGAUUUUGAUUUAUUUGCAAGAACACCCCCUGAUUCUAGAGCUCCUAAAGGCUGGCUUGUUGAUCUGUUAAAUAAAUUUGGAGUCUUAGGCGGUUUUCAAAAAUUAUCUGGACGAUUUGAAUCUAAUAAAACUCUAACAAUAUCAAUUAUCUCUGGUCUAAUUAGGCCAUUUGGUAAUUGUUCUGAACUUUUAACUGAAUCAACAAUUCUUAAAUACUUGAUGCCUAUUGUGGAAAAGAUACCUGGUUUAUUGGAUAUACUAACUGAUGAUGAAUUAAAAAAAGAAACAAAAAAUGAAGGAAAGAAUGAUGCUAUUUCUUCAAUAAUUAAGGCUUGUAAACAGCUUGCUGUAAAAGUACCAAAACAGGAUGAUUUAAUCAAACAAUUAGAAAUAUUUAGACUUAAAAUGUUACUUAGAUUAUUACAAAUAUCAUCUUUUAAUGGCAAAAUGAACGCUUUAAAUGAAGUUAAUAAAGUUAUUACCAAUGUCACAUAUACUCCUCAUAGGCAUAUAGAUCAUGACGAAGAAUAUUUAACUCCAGAAAAGAUGGCUAAAUGGAUCAAAGAAAAUAAUGUACUAGAAAUAGUUCUUCGAGAUUCUCUACAUCAGCCUCAGUAUGUAGAAAAACUUGAAAAAAUUAUACGCUUUGUAAUUAAAGAACAAGCAUUAUCAUUGAAUGACUUGGAUGCAUUAUGGGCAGCUCAAGCAGGAAAACAUGAUGCUAUUGUGAAAAAUGUCCAUGACUUACUAGCAAAGCUUGCUUGGGAUUUUUCACCAGAACAACUAGAUCAUUUAUUUGAAUGUUUUCAUGCUAAUUGGACUAAUGCUAAUAAAAAACAGAGAGAAAAAUUAUUGGAACUAAUUAGACGACUAGCUGAAGAUGAUAAAGAUGGUGUUAUGGCUCAUAAAGUGUUAAUGUUGUUUUGGAAUUUAGCUCACGGAGAAGAUGUAUCAACUGAGAUAAUAGAUCAAGCACUGUCUGCUCAUGUAAAAAUUCUGGAUUAUAGCUGUGCACAAGACCGUGAUGCACAAAAAACAGCGUGGCUUGACAAAUGUGUUGAUGAACUUAAAAAUAAUAGUUCAUGGGUACUUCCAGUUUUAAAACAUAUGAGAGAUAUAUGUAUGUUAUAUGAUUCAUCUCCAGUGGGAGCUCAUCAUCAAGCUCAAACUCAUACAUUAUAUCGACAAGAAAUAAUUGCACGCCUUCAAAAUCAACAUACUUUGGUGUCUUUAGUCACAGAUAAUUUAUCUAAAUAUAUGGAUGAUGUGAGGAAAGUUGCCCUAGAAAACCAUAAUCUUGAUCCUGCUAAAUAUUAUCCUGAUGGGCGCUAUUGUCAUUUACAACAGGUUCAAGAAAGAUUAUAUUUCUUAAAAUUUUGUUUAAAGGAUGGAAACCUUUGGUUGUGUGCUGAACAAGCACAUCAAGUUUGGAUAUCAUUGGCUGAAAGAGCUGUGUUCUUAGCAGAUCGUGAAGCUUGUUUUCGUUGGUUUUCAAAAUUAAUGGGUGAGGAACCUGACAUUGACCCCUCAAUAAAUACAAAAUUUUUUGUGAAUAACCUCCUGCAGCUUGAUCCAACAUUACUUACUGAAAAUGGAAUUAAAUGUUUUGAACGAUUUUUCAAAGCUGUCAAUGUUAAAGAAGGAAAAUUAUUAAAAAAAAGACGUUGUUAUCAGAUGGAGAACAUAGAUUUAAUUGGUGUAGAUUAUUUAUGGAAAGUGGUAACUAAUUGUACUGAAGACAUUGCAGCUCAUGCAAUAAAUUUGCUUAAAGAAGUCAAUACAAAUCUGGCUCCUAGACUACAAGCCAAUCCACUUGAAUUUCAUCAAACAUUUGUAGCUGAGUGUUUAGAAAGAUUGCGUGCUCAUUAUGACACAGUUAGCAUACUAUCAAAACCUUUAAUGAACAAUGAUGAUGUUAUUGAAAGAAAUAUAGAAAUCACUAAAAUGAUCAGGGUUAUGAAAGUGUUAUAUGAGUAUUUAGGAGAAUGUGAUGCUUCUUUUAAUGGAGAUCGUUCUUUGUUGCCAUUACAUAGAGCCUGUCGAGGAAAACAUAUAUCUGUAAUUGUUCGUUUAACAAAUGCCAAUCGCUCUUUGGUUGAUGAUCAUGAACUUGUUAUGCAUAGUAAUGAUAAUAUUUCAUGUGUACGACGACAACUAUUAAAAAGGUUGAGGAACAGUGGAACAAUUACAGCUAUAGCUGGUUCUUUAAACAUAAAAUUAGAUAUAUUUCCUGGUAGUAGUAUUGACCUCACCACUACUUUGGAUGACAACAAACUUCUUGGUGAACUUCCUUUCAGAGAUAAAUUGUACCUCAAUGCUAGACUAAUGACUGCUAAUACAAAUUUAGCCAGUUCGCCAGAUAGUAGUUCAGAUAGCUCUAUCACUAAUAACCAGCCUCUGUAUGAUUUUUCCUUAAAUAUGGAUGCCGAAAACUGUUUACCUACUGUGAUCAUUUCUGAAAAUCCAAAAUAUGUUCAUUUCUUCCUACAAGUGUCAGACAAGGGUAUUGAAAUUGAAAAUGAACAACUUCGAGAAGCUGCCCGAUGCAUUUUAAAACUAAUUCCCCCCGCAGAAUCUACUAUCAAAAAAAUAAAGAGAUUUUUUACUUAUCGGUCAGACCUCGUUGAAGGAAAUUUAAACAUAGAUAGUAUAUACUUUACUAGUUCCUCUUCUCAAAAUUUAUACAACUUGGAGGUACUAUAUUCUAUGUUGUUACCUGCCAUUGAUCCAAUGGCAGAUAAAACUCUUGAAUUUCAAACACAUUUUAUUACAAGUAGUCAUGCCCCUGAAAUUAUUCAAAUGUUAGUAUCAAAUAAAUUUAUUUUAGAAAAUGAUCAAAUUACUAAAAGAUCUAUAUACUUGGUUGUGCUAAAGAUCUGUAGACUUGUAUUAUGUGUAAUGGGACAAGUUAUAACACAAUUAUGUCAAUCAUCUGGAUUAGUAUUGGGAACAUCAAAUGAUAACGAAUGUUGUUUGUAUAAGGGAGUAGAUGUUAUUGACCAAUGUGAUGAUACUUUGGCAUUAAUGAAAGAAGCAUUUGGUCUGGUGCCUAAUCCUAGUUUAGAAUACAUGUUACGAAGUGUUACUUCUAAACUAGCACGAAAGUUUAUUGAUAAAAUUGCCAAUGGUUGUGAGACUUUAGAAGACUCUAUAGUAGCUAUUAAUAAGUCCUUAUCAAAAUUUAUGCCUAACCUGGAUAUGAUCUGGAAUACUAUUCAGUUAGCAUGGGCAAUGGCUGGAGCCAAUCAACACAUGCUUGAUGGUAAAUUAAAUAAUACAGAUCUCCAUGAUAAUUUAAAUGGAAAACCUUUAGAAAUGGAAGAUAUAUGUGUUUGUAAAGAAGCAUUAGAAGUGUUAACUCUUUGUCUAUUUCUGAAGCCGAAUUAUUUAAGUCAGUUAAUGGAGAAAAAAGAUUGGCAAAUAUUUCUUAUUGAUUUAAUUUUAUUGGCUAAUAACAGACAAGUUCGUUGUUCUGCUGCUGAACAAUUUUUAUUGAUAGUUAAGUUUAGUUGGAGUGCCGAACCAUUGUUAUCAACAAUUUCACUAAUGUUUUCUGUUCUUAAUGACACUGUACUGAAAUUUGCUCAAAACUCGUAUGAAUAUUUUCAUGUUUUAACUUACCUAUUAAAUUAUGCUAGUCACGAAAAAAUUCCUGUGCCAGAUUUUGAAGAGUUAUUAAAUAAUGAAAUUAAAUGGUUAAAAAAUAUAAGAGAGAAAAUAAAAACUGAUGGUGACUCAGGAAUGGAAGAAGUGAUUCUUGAAGGUCACCUGAAUAUAACCAAAGAGUUAGUCCAAAUGAUAAGUAUCGAGAAGCGUGACGAAAUUGGUUCCAAUGAAACUACUGGGAUAAUGUUAAUCAAAGAAUUACUGGAAGAUUUUAUUUUUCCUGCUUCCAAGUUAAUGGAAGAUAUGAAUAGACAUCAAACUAUAGAUUUUGUUGAUAUUGAAGUUACACCAGUUUGUAAAUCUCCAAAUUCUACAAAUGCAGCAUUUGAUCUUAUUAUAUCUCUUUGCAUUGGCUGUGUAGCAAAUUUGAAGUUGACUGUUGAAAUGCUUACUCAAUACUUUUAUUCAGAACGUGAAGAUCCUUUGGUUGAAUGGGAUUAUCUACCUAUGAUGGGUGCAAGAACAGCUCGUGGUUUUGUUGGGCUUAAAAACGCUGGUGCCACUUGUUACAUGAAUUCUGUAUUGCAACAAUUGUACAUGGUACUUCCUAUACGAUUAGGUAUUUUAUCAGCACAUGGUGCUGCCAUUGAUACAAAUGAUGAUUUCAAUUCUGACGAUAAAAAUGAUAAUGAGACUCAAAUGGACGUUACUGAAGAUCGCAAUAAAUUUGAUCAAUCUAGAAAAGAAUACAAUGUUGGUAUAUUAAAACAAGUACAAGCAAUAUUUGGACACCUAGCAUUCAGCAAAGUUCAAUAUUAUGUACCUAGAGGAUUAUGGAAACAUUUUAAAUUACAAGGUGAACCAGUAAAUCUUAGAGAACAACAAGAUGCUGUUGAGUUUUUUAUGAGCCUUGUAGAAAGCUUAGAUGAAGCUCUAAAAGCUUUAUCCCAAGACCAAAUUAUGAGUAAAACACUCGGAGGUUCUUAUUCAGAUCAAAAAAUAUGUCAGGGUUGUCCACAUAGGUAUUCCAAAGAGGAACCCUUCAGUGUUAUCAGUGUAGAUAUAAGGAAUCACUCAAAUUUAACUGACUCUCUAGAACAAUAUGUUAAGGGAGAAUUAUUAGAAGGAGCUGAUGCUUACCAUUGUGAUAAAUGCAAUAAAAAGGUUGUUACUGUUAAGAGAUUAUGUGUUAAAAAGUUACCACCUAUUUUAGCUAUUCAACUUAAAAGAUUUGAGUAUGAUUUUGAGCGAGUAUGUGCCAUAAAAUUUAAUGAUUAUUUUGAAUUUCCACGGAAUCUAGACAUGGAACCAUAUACAGUUUCGGGGCUAGCCAAAAUUGAAGGUGAAAUAAUUGACUGUGAUUAUGAUGAGUCACAAAAUGAAAAUCAUACUAAGUAUCAAUUGACUGGUAUAGUUGUCCACAGUGGUCAAGCAAGUGGAGGACAUUAUUAUUCUUAUAUUCAAGAUAGAAGUGCUGAAGUAUCUAAGUGGUACAAAUUUGAUGAUGGUGAUGUAACUGAAUGUAAAAUGGAUGAAGAUGAAGAAAUGAAAACUCAGUGUUUUGGUGGAGAUUAUAUGGGCGAAGUUUUUGAUCACGCAUUAAAAAGAACCAGUUACCGAAGGCAAAAACGGUGGUGGAAUGCUUAUAUGUUAUUUUAUACUAAAGUAGAUUCUAACACUGAAUUACUAGUUAAUGGAAUAAGAAAACUUAGUUUAAGUGAUCGACGUUCAAGUAACAGUUGUAUAAAAAUGCCUUCUUGUAUUAAACGUAGUGUUCAACAACAGAAUAUACGGUUUUUACACACUCGCAGUCAGUAUACUGAAGAAUAUUUUAAAUUUAUUCGUAACAUUGCCACUAUUAAUGCUCCAAACAUAGUUGCUUCAUCCAAUGAUUUACAAGUACAAAUUGCUACAGAUCAAGAAGAAUUAUCUUUGUUAUCUACUCAACUAGUGAGUAAGUUUCUAUUUUAUGUCGGUUUGCAUACUAAGAAGUCAUUGAGAGGAAAUGCUACAGAGUGGUAUGAUUUAAUAUCACCACAUAUCUGUACCUAUGCAUCGGUUCGUGCUUGGUUUGCUCGUAACAUUUUGUUUAAUCAUCCACAAAGGUUUGUGGAAUAUUUAUUGCAAUGUAUGAGCUCUGAAGUACGAUCAUUCUUCAUUAAAUUAAUUGCUUACUUGGCUCACUAUUCUCUUCAAGAUGAUGCUAUCCUUAUACCAGCUAUUACAUCUAAUUCUUUAUUAGAUACUACAGCUUCGUUAAGUGAUCAUUUAAUUAUUGCUGUUUUAAGUCUAUUGCAAAAAGAAGUGGCUGAACAUACAAAUAGACAUUUGCCGCAUUAUUUUUCAUUUUUCUGCAUGUAUUGUAAUUUAGGUAUGGCAGAAAAACAGCAACUUUUAAAAUUAAAUGUAGCAGCAAUAUUUAUCUUGGUAGCUAUCGAUGAAGGUCCAGGUGGAUCAAACAUAAAAUAUCAAUUUAAUGAAAUCAAUAAACUACAUUCUGUGAUAUCAAUUUUAGUGCGGUGUUGUGAUUGUACGGAAAAAUGUGUAUCCUCUGCUCCGGGUACUCCUUUCCUACCAAAUCCGUUUGCUGAAUGUCAACCAUACCUAAGAAAAGUUCCUCAACAAGUUAAAGAUAGUAUUUUUGGUCGAAUAUGUUAUUUGAAAAAACUUAUUGACAAUUCUCAAAUGAACGAAGAAAGCAUGAAAAUGCUACAAUUUGUAUGUUGGGAAAAUCCAUUGAGUAGUAGUAUGGUUUUAACUGAAAUAUUAUGGCAUAUUAUGUAUACUUAUUGUCAAGAGCUCAAAUUUUAUUUGGAUUUACUAUUUGUCAUAUUAAGUAUUGAAGAUUCAUGGCAAGUUUUACGCAUUCAAAACGCCAUGACUGGAAACGAAGAUAGAGAAGGUGUACUUGAUACAAUUUUACGUCAUAAAAAUCAAUAUCAAAGACGGUCAUAUCAAUGUAUCAAAGGAUUAGUUGGUUUAUUCAUGAGGAUACCGAUGGCACAUAAAGUUGUACUACAAAACACAGAUCUCAAAAGAAAAUGGGUGGAAGCAGUUGAUUGGCUACAGGAAGAACUUAAUAGAAAAACAUUGACUGGAGGCCAGUAUAAUACAUAUAAUAAUUGGACACCCCAAUCCAAUGAAAACACCAAUAGUUUCUUUUUAGAAAGGUCAACCAGUGCUCGUAAGGUUCUACAAAAAGCAUUUGAGUUUUGCCCAUCUGAAGAUUUUUCAAUCCCAACAUUGACUACUCAGGAAAUAGAAGAUUCAUCUGAUGAAGGUGACGAUGUGGGAAUCCAACACGCUACUGAUACAAUGACAACUCUAGUAAAUGAACCUUUACAAGUAGUACCAGACAUUGUACCCGAGAAUGAUGACGAUUAUGAUGCUUCUGUUCCCAUCAAUUUCAACAGUAUAGAUGACUUUGAUAAUGGUGAGAGUAAUAACGUCGAAUUGGUGAAUACGCGAAUUGUUGAAUCAUCAACAGAUAUGCAUUAACUUGUGAUCAUAUAAGAAAUAAUAAAACUGAAUGUAUAAUUGGAAUACAAGUUAUUGUUGUUUGGAUAUUAUCAAACAGUACAUUAUAUUAUAAUUUAUAGAAUAUUGUAUUUUAAUCCUUUUGCAAUUAUAUAAUUACCAAUUAGCACAACCAGAGCGAUCAAUAAAUAUUUCGGUACACGACAAUUUAAUGAAUAACGAUGUGUCUUAGGCUGUUAACAUCUGCUGACCUAAUAUUAAAUUUAAGUUAAACAAUUUUUUUUUUUUUUUU